AUGAACUUAGCGAUGGACGAAGAAGUCAGCGAAGGUUUGCUCGCUAUGUAAGUUUUCCUUUGACAUAAGUGCUCCCUUUGACAUAAGUGCAAGGGGGCGGCAUAGCUCAGCUGGCAUAACUCAUUUCUAACGUCCGCAAGGUCGUAGGUUCGAGUCCCCCCGAGGUCGACCAAGCCUUUCAUCCCUCCGGGGUAGAUAAAAUUGGGAGCUGCAUGCAGCGAAAAGGCUCAAUCUCUGCCAUCGGCCUUUGGAAAGCCGGCACCGUACUUCUUCCUACGACCUCUCUUGUACCUGAUGUUCUACGAGCGAAAUUCACAACUUCUCUGCCUAAGCCACAGCUCCUGCCGCCGUUUAAACACAGUUGAAAUCGAUGAAAGUCGAUUGCACAUGUACUCUUACAUUGAAGAUGCAAUAAACAGUAAAACAGUAAUAAGUGCUCCAGAAAACCGAAUUUAUGACCUUGGCCAGAGUUUUUUUUUUUGAAAUAAAUAAAGGAAAUAAAGUCAACCGCUUGGAAAUAAUUAUUUUAAUUGGAUCUUUCUUCUUUUUUCAUCCUCAAGAAAACUUUUUGAAUAGGUUGAAAAAAAUUCUUAUUCGUGGAAUCAUUUCAGUUUAACAUAACGUUUUGCAGCGACGAGCCUUGCGCAUCAUCUUCUGUUUUCUCUCAUUUCCACACUCGGAUGCAGACGCGAACCUUCACCAAUUUUUGGUCCAUCGAACAGUUUUCACUGCAACAGGAGCUCCACCCCUUUGGCGAGAGCAUCACCGGACAGUGAGUCUUCGAUUUUUCUCAGUAAGAGACGACUAAUUCGAUUUCAGGACCUUCGGCGACGAUUCCUAUGAGUUCCUUCUCAAGAUUUUCCCCAACGGCAAAGACGAAGACAACGUCGGCUACAUUUCUCUUUUCCUGCAGAUCAACAGUGAGUGGACACUUGGCGCAUAAUUGGUCAAAUACUCAACUCUCGGCUUUGGCAAAAAUGAGAUAAAAAAUCGAAUGAAGGUUUUUUUUUUUAAAUAGGUUUCCGAAGAAAAAAAUUUAUCGUACUUUCAAACUCCAAAAUAUUUGAUGAGUGAUAAAUAUUCGUCGUUAAAUGGUCUACCUAAUAAUUCUGCUAGAAAAUUUAGAGUGAAAUGAGUAUACUUGAGGAUGAAAACUGGAAAAAUCGUGAUCGGUAUUGACGUUUUUUUUCAAAAGAACGGGACCCUACGGUGGAAGUAAUUAUCAUUUUCCUAUUUGUUAAAUUUUAAAAGCUUCAUAAGCCGAAAAUUGUUAGGAUGUCCGCAGCCAAGGCUCCAGUUUCGUGUCAAGUUCACGAUAGAAACGUUGGACGGACCCAGGAAUUGUGCUUUAAACAAAAGCGUCGUCACAAUAAACAGAUCUGGAAUCGUGACCGCCAGCAAGUUCUUCAACAUCACUACUCUCAAUGUUUGACUUCAAAAGUUUCGCUUACGAAAAUAUUUCAUCAGAAUUGCGCUGAAAGGUUUAUACCAAACGACGUCCUGACAAUCGGGGCUGAUCUGACCGUUUUCGGAGAAACGCAAACUGUGGUUGGAAUGGUUUCUUAUAUCGAAAUAUAAAACAUUUUAGACUAAUCAAGACUGCGAUGCGACUUGCCAAAUGUUCGACCGAAAAAUUUUGAGGGCCAAAAAUUCGCCUACAAAACCACUCUCAGGUUUUCGAACCGAAACCCUUCAAAUGUCAAAGAUUCUUUUUUUCAGAAAGCUUGAUCCAUCUUUAUGAGUCGGGAGAUUUCUCUGAUUUUGUUAUAACAGCGAAAAAUGGUCACAGUUUUAGUGUUCACAAGUGCGUUCUUUCUUCAAGAUCCGACUAUUUCAACGCGCUUUUGAAGUCCGACACGAAAGAAAGCGCCGAAGGAAGGGUUUGGACCUGUUCCAGAUUGAAAUUUGUGCUAUUUCACUUCUGUAGGUUGUCUUCAAAGAUAUCAGCGUCGAGGUCAUGGAAGUUAUAAUCCGGCAUUUAUAUUCUCCUCUCACGGUUUUCAAGCCGGAAGACAUGACCCACGAGCUUAUGAUUGCGGCUGAUAGGUGAGUCUGGCCUCUAUCGUUUCAGAAACGCCGAAAAAUUACAACUCUUCUUUUGUCUGAUAAUUGAAAGUUCGUACAAGAAACCUAAAACUAAAAAAUAAAAGUAAAAUGACUUUUUAGGCCAUAUCUCUCUCAAUUUCAUGCUAUUCGAAUAUAAAAUUUUACUGUUCUUUUCAGCCGUACUGAAUCUGUUUGAAUUGAAAGUAUUUUAGACUGAUGUUGGACUCGUUGAAAACUCAAUGUACGAAAACUCUGAAGGAAGGUAUCACGAUGAGCAACAUCGUUGCACGUCUGCAGCUGGCCGACCUUCUGCGCUCAGAUAGUCUUUUCUCGAAGCUCUCGAGUUUCUUCUUGAAAUACAAGAAGGAGAUUCAAGAUAGCCAAGUGUGCUCAGCCACCAUUUUCUGAAGAAACUCAUCCAUUUCCAGGAGUGGAAGGAGAUGAAGGACUCGAAUCCGGAAGUUGCGGCCCGGGUUUUGGAGGCCGCCCUUGCCUUCUACAACAGUCCUCCGAACUACUGCAAACGCUUCAAGCCCUGCUUUUCAUGA